UUUAUGGCGGGAACAUGGCGGGAAUAACAUGUGGCGCACCACGGCAAUGUACGUCAAAUGUACGAAACAAACGACUCCAAUAUGGCGAAUGUGAGGGACAGUGAUACGUCGUUGUGGCUUCAUAACAAGCUUGGAACGUCAAAUGAUAGCUGGACUGGAAGUUCAAUUUGUUCACAACUCAACGCAGAAGUAUUGCGGAACAUUAAAGACUGUUUUCCAGAUCUUCAAACGCAAGUUAAACUUAAAUUACUUCUUUCAUUUUUCCACAUUCCAAGACGGAAUGUCGAGGAGUGGCGUGUUGAAUUGGAAGAAAUUAUUGAAGUGGCAUCAUUGGACAGCGAAUUGUGGGUAUCAAUGUUAUCCGAAGCGAUGAAGACAUUUCCAUCAACAGGUUCUUUGAAUACAGAUAUUACUGAUUUAGAUGAACAUAGGCCUAUUUUUGGAGAAUUAGUUAAUGAUCUUCGGAAACUUUUGAAAAAACAAAAUGAUCCAGCAAUGCUUCCUUUGGAAUGUCAUUAUCUUAAUAAGACUGCUCUUACUUCUGUGGUUGGUCAACAGCCUACCCCAGUCAAGCAUUUUACUUUAAAAAGAAAACCAAAAAGUGCUGCAUUAAGAGCAGAGUUGCUUCAAAAGAGUACAGAUGCUGCUAGUAAUCUAAAAAAAAGUACUGCUCCUACAGUGCCUGUGAGAAGUAGAGGAAUGCCUAGAAAAAUGACUGACACAACACCUCUGAAAGGCAUUCCUAGUAGAGUCCCUCCAAGUGGUUUUCGCUCUCCCUCACUUACAAGCUCUUCAAUGUCUAAUAGGACACCUCUCAGUAGUAGAAUGCGCAAAGAUGGUGGCAUUAAGUUAUUAGAUAUUAACGAACAACCACUUGGCUAUGCUCAAGCAAAGAAACGAAAGAGAAUGAUGGAAUUAGAAGAACAACAGAAGAAAGUUGCGGAAGCUCAAGCAGUGGCAGCUGCCGCAGCAUCAACAGCUACGGCUACAACAGAAACAUCGACUACGCCAGAGUAUGCUCAGGGUUUAACUUCGAUUAAUCCACCUGCUACUCCAAUCACCCCUGUAGCAUCUAUGCAAUCUUAUACAACAUCUACUCCUCCAAGUGGAGCACCGGCAGUAACCACGCCACAAACUCCUACAACGCCAAGUACACCUUCAACUCCAAGUACAGUUGUACCUGUUGCGACACCGACAGUUAUUACACCAGUGGAAAGUACACCUGUCGGAGUACAAACGGUUAGACCAGCUCAGACAGUUACACAAAUUCGUAUACAAACUACUGCACAACCUGCCAAUGCAGCAGCAAACACAAGAAAAGGCUUGUCUCUCACGCGAGAACAAAUGUUGGAGGCGCAAGAAAUGUUUAGAACAGCUAAUAAAGUAACCCGGCCAGAAAAGGCCCUUAUUCUAGGUUUUAUGGCUGGCUCAAGGGAUAAUCCUUGUCCGAAAUUGGGUAAUAUAGUCACAGUAAUGCUCUCGGAAAAUAUAGAAGAAGUGACGCAACCGGAUGGUACAAGUGUACCUAUGUUAGUCGAGACACAUUUUCAAAUGAAUUACACGAAUGGUGAAUGGAAAAGGAUAAAAAAGAAUCGACGAAUCGUUACAGAAGAAUCAACGUCCGCUACAACCCCUGCUUCCAAUGCAAAUGCAACGGCUUCCAAUUAAACAAAAAACAAAAUAAAAGAAAAGGAAAAUAAAAACGAAAAAAGAGAUCUUUUUCGGAUCGCGAUUAUAUAAAUCAAUGACAUUGCCGUUGUUUGGAUGACUAUUUUUAAAGAAGCUCUGUUGUAUAGAUAGUUAAAGAAUUUGAGUGCAGAGGGCAAGAUGUGGCCUCUGUAAGCAGACCUGUAUAUCAUGUUUUAGUAGUAAGGCUUCAAAGUGCGGUGUAUAUUUUAAAGUUAUAAGAGAAGAACUUGUGUUACUUCAAAAAGAUAAUAUGUAAUAAUCAAGAAAUACAUCGUUUCCACUUUUCAAAAUAGAGGAUGAGUCAAAUGGCGAAUGCAUUUUUUAUUGGACACAACGUAUAUAACGUAUGAACGUAAUUUUCAACAAAUUUCAAACCCUAUCUGAAAUAAAAAUCUCUAUUUUUAACGUGUAUCUGGUUUCACUGACAAUGAACAAAUUAUCAUGAAUCAUCAGUUAAUUAUAAAGUUAAAUAUUAUUUAUCAACGGACAGUGUGAUAUUUUCCAUUGUAGGAGAAACCAAACGUUAUUAAUUUAUAUGCUACGAUUAUCGUUUAUAUAUAAAUAAAAUAUACAUAUAAAUUAUAUGUUUCCCCACUGAAUAAGAAUGAACGCAAAACUUAUAAUAUUGUUAUUUGAAUAAAAUAUGGUUAUAUUGAUAAA